AUGCGUUCCCCAUUCGUGUUUUACGCCGAUUGCGACGUUUGCGUGAAUAUUCGACUCAUUGAGCUUCAGCAGGCGCAACAAGCAAGAGAAGCUCGAGAGAAUGGUGUUGUAAACGAAAACGAAUAUGAUAGUGAAUACGAAUAUGACUAUAACGACUAUGCGAACUACGAUGAUAUCUACGCAUCACCGACGCAUUCAAGCUUUGAGGUACUCGAUCCCCAUGACCCCACUCUGAGUCGACUGGCUACUCUUCUCUUUAAACGUACAAAUGAGUACUUGCAAGGAGAAAUUGCGUCUGGGGGUGAUCAUUACAUGUUGCUGGAAGAAAUCAAUCGUUUGGCCAUCACUAAGUACACUGACUUGCGCAAUCUCGCUGUGAACUUAAACCGAACACUGAUGGAAUAUAAUGAUCUCUAUGGCAACACCAUCAAACCGCUACUUUCUCAAAUUGAUGAUAUUGACAUCAUGGUAGCCAGACUUGAAGAAAAUGCCUAUCGUUUGGAUAGCUACACGAAACAACUAAAGACCCGCAUCAAAGAAAUGUACGACGCCAAAUGA